UUCAAGUAAUGAACGAAUCGAUUAAAAUUCGAUUUAUAUCGUUAUCAACAUCGAUACUAUCAAUAUUAUUAAUAUUAUGUGAUUAUGAAAAUCAAAUAUUAGCAACUGAUAUCGUUUUUAAAGAUAAAAUUAAUCUACCGAAACCUAAUUGGCCAACUCAACGAUUGAAAUCAGAAUCGGUAAUUUACAUCACAAAACCCGGUCGUUAUGCAUUGUAUAUUGAUGAUGAAAAAUUAUUAAAAACCAAAGGACGAAUACUUUUCGCUACAUCAAGAUUGAAUGCAUCGAUUGGUAUCUUUUUGAAUGAACGUAAUUCGUCCUGUAUUACUAGUGAAAAUUAUUUUAUAAAUUAUUAUGAUGGCUGGAAAUUUCCAAAUGGUCGUCGAUUUCCAUCACCUGGUCAACAUGCUGUACCAUUUAAAAAACGAAUUUGUGAAAGUAAUCAAACAUAUGAAAUGGAACUGAAUCGUAUAUUUAUCAGUUCACAAAAUUUCGCCAUGAUUACAUAUCGUAUACCGGUAAUUAAUACCGGUUUUACAUUCACAUUUAUGCAUAGAGAUAUUAGUCUACCAUGUAAUGUCAUGUUUUAUGAAGAGAAUUAUAAUAAAUAUGGCGCUGGUGGAAGAGAACCAUUCGUACGUGAUACAUAUGCGUUGAGGAAUUUUCAUCGGGAAAUUAAUUGUUCCGCUUAUAUAUUUCAACAACGUAAACAUAAAUUUGCACCAUUCUUACGAAUAGGUGGUAUGGAAAUUGGUAAAACAGAUUACAGCUUCAGUGCUCCUACUCCUAAAAGAAAUAAUGAAUCGUGUAAAGAAUUGGGCUUAAAAGAUUAUGCUGAAAUUGGUGGCGAUUCUAGUGUUGAAAUUGGAACAAAAGAAUUUGAAGUUGGUUUCGAUGUAUGUGAUCAUCAUAGUGCACCUACAAAUGUUAUGUGGCCUGAAUCACCGGAUUAUAGAGCAUUUGAUUUUCUAAUCAAUUGUCGUAUUAUAACCAUACGUCUAGUAUCAAGUGGAAGAUUUGCAAAUAUUAUAAAAUUUAAAUAUCUACCACCACGUAUGCAAUAUGUUUGUGAUUGGCAAUAUAAAUUCGAUACAAGUUUAUUUCGAUUGAUCACGGUUAAAUCAAUAUUUACAAAUUUAUAUUGUUGA